AUGUCCAACAAUAUUAAAGUAUCAGUUAGAGUUAGACCUUUAUUACCACGGGAACUAAAAACCAAACCAUCCGAUGGCGGGUCUACUCCAGUAUCAUUAGUGUCUAUGCCCCCGUCAGAUCCCCAUAAAGUUCUAUUAACCAACCCUAAGGAACAAUUUAAAAACAAUAUCAGUGCUGACAACAAGACCAAGAGUUUUUUAUUUGAUGAGUGUAUUUGGUCAUUUAAUAAGACAGAUCUGAAUUACACAGAUAAUUUUAAAUAUUAUGAGAAAACGGGACCACAAUUGUUGUCCCAUUUCUUUGAAGGCUAUAACGUUUGUCUUUUGGCCUAUGGUCAAACAGGAUCAGGCAAAACUUAUACAAUGAUGGGCGAUAAAACCGAACUGCCAGGGAUAAUACCAUUGUUAAUAAAAGAUAUUUUAAAGCAAAUGGAGAUUUCUGUCAAUGAGAAAAUCAAUUGUGAAUUGAAAUUUCUGUACAUUGAAAUAUACAACGAGCAAGUCAAGGAUUUGCUUACAGGUGACACCAAAAAUGGGAAUGGGAACAGCACACAUAUAAGCCAAAAGUGUAAAGUUAGGGAACACCCUGUUACAGGUCCAUAUGUCGAGAAUGUUAAAGAGCACAAUAUUGAGAAUUAUACCCAGUUUUUGAAGUUGUUAGCUAAAGGUAAUUCCAAUCGUUCAACAGCUUCUACAUCAAUGAAUGAUAAAAGUUCAAGAAGUCAUGCAAUCAUCACUUUGACAUUAAAGCAAACCAAGUUUGAAAAAUAUAAUGGCUCUAGUAGUGAUUCCGAUGAAACCAAUAGCAUUGGUGAUGCCAGUGAAGAAAUGGUUUCCAACAUCAAGUUGGUUGAUCUUGCUGGUUCAGAAAGACUACAGAAAACAAAAUUAUACGGUCAACACGAAAGAAUCAAAGAAGGAACUUUGAUUAACAAAUCAUUAGCUGUUUUGGGAAGAUGUAUAAAUUUACUUUCAAGCAAUCCAUCAGCAUUGGUUCCCUAUCGUGAAUCAAUUUUAACAUAUCUAUUAAAAGAAAAUCUUGGUGGGAACUCAAAAACCUGUAUGAUAUUCUGUGUCUCUCCUGUUGAUUAUGAGGAAACCCAUCAAACAUUGAAUUAUGCCAAUGAAGUGAAAAAGAUUAAAACAUUAGCCAAGGCAAAUAAAACAAAACUUUCAAAUGUUCCUAUUGAUUGGCAACAAUUACAGCUGACAGAUAAAACAAUUAUUCAAUCUUUGAAGAAUGAAAUUGACGUUUUGACAAACAAAUUAAACCAAAUGCAACAAUUAAAUGAACCCAAAUCUCAUCCACCACAAUCAAUAAAUAAUAUAAUUGAAUAUUUGGAUAAAGAAACUAAUAAAGUAAAAUUUGAAAAUAAAUAUUUGAAACAAAUGAUGAACACCAAAAACAAUCAUAUCAAGGAAUUGAACAAUCACAUUGAUUUUAUUUCAAAUGAAUAUCAAUCGUUAUAUAAUGAUUAUGAAGAAUUAAAACGGUCAAGUUUGCUUAAUAGGAAACAAGAAUUGUUGAAAGAAUGUGAAUCGAAUAAGGGACACAUGGAUAUGGAGUUGAGGGAGUUUGAACAAUUUUUAGUAAACGCUGUAGGUAACUAA